AUGAUCCUGCACGACUCUGUUUUCAUAACAGAGUUCAUUAUUAGGAGCUACGAAAGAGAGAACCAACGUGAGAAAACAGGAGACCCUCUCAUGGACGAGCCUUGUCGAGGAGAAGUAGUCAGGAGAGAUCUCAUCUUGCUCGAGAACCAGCUUCCUUACUUCCUACUCGAUAAACUCUUCGAGCCAAUAAUCCACACACUCUUCCAUCGAGGAAGCGACAUGACCUUGCGCAAAUUAGUCACCGACUUUUUUUACUGUAGCAACGAGAUUGGAGACGACUCAAAGUUCAGACACUUCACUGAUCUGUUGAGGUGUGUCCGCGUGGAGACACUCCCGGGGAAGUAUAUUGGUGAAGUCCCUGUCAUGACCGAAAUGUAUCACGCCGAUAAGCUGCAUAGUGGGGGAGUGAAUUUCAAGGCGGUAUAUAACAUGCUCUCCUUGGAUGUUGAAUUCAAGAAUGGUUGUUUGAACAUUCCUCGUUUAUGGGUUAACUACAUCUUCUUCUUGGACUCCCUCAUCGACUCCGAAAAAGAUGUCGCCUUGCUCGUCGAGAAAGGGAUAAUAGAGAAUGGUCUUGGAGACCAUGGUUCGGUGGCUACGAUGGUGAACAGGCUCGGUUUGGGACUCACCGACUUUGGCUCUUACUAUUCUUUUACCGCAUAUGACGUCAAUUGCUACUCCAAUAACUCAUGGAACAAGUCACGAGCCGUCCUCAAGAGCGUCUAUUUCAGCAACCCGUGGAGAGGGACAGCCACUGUAGCUGCUACGUUGCUAUUGCUGCUUACUCUUGUCCAGACCGUGACUUCCGUCAUGCAGGUCUUGCAGAAGGACACUCCCUAA